GUAUCGAGUGGAAGGUCAUACUCCGUUGUUCGGGUGAUACUGAACUAUACCAUAGUGCAAGUGGCACAACCUCUAAUAAAGUUAUCCUGAAAAUUUAUACUUAAAUUCUUGGUUGUUAGUUUACUGUUUAUCUUGAUCAGGAAAGUGAUAGAAACUUUUCCACUGAGAAAAUAAGGAAAACUUUCGAAAUGAACUUAAGAAUGGCUUAUCAACUUAAAAAUGUGGUAUAGUGGAGUACAGUGACAGGGAACUAGUCUUACACCUCAGCACUACCGGUUCGAGAAGAUCAGAGUUUACAGUAUCAGGAUGAGGAGCUCGUCGACCACACUGCUGUUGUUGCUGUGCGUCCUGCCCUGCCUCGUCCUCCACGCCCACGCUCUCCACGGGCGUCACCGGCGACACAGGCACCACGACCGACGGUUCUUCGAGACCCAGCAGGAACACAGUAGCCGCGGCCACACCCACCACCGAGGCGACCACCACACACGCCCACACAACCUCGUCGCCCACAGCCACGUCCUCGACAACUCCCUCAACGGGAACCGGGUGACGGAGGAACCCCACAAGACGAGUCAUGGGAUAGGAGGUGCCGGGUCACGAUGGGCAUUGACCUACCAGGGGGCGGCGCACGAGUCCGCGGCCAUCAAUAACACGGUGUCUAACGUGACGGCGCAGCUGGGGGGCGCCGCCUUCCUCCCCUGUAGAGUGGGCCACCUGGGCGACAGACAGAUCUCAUGGAUUCGACGGCGGGACUGGAGUGUACUGACUUCAGCCGAGGUCCUCUACACGCUUGACCGUCGCUUCUCUGUUCUACACGUGGCCGGCACCCAAGACUGGACGCUGCACAUCAAGUUCGUGGACGUGACGGACAACGGCACUUAUGAGUGUCAAGUGUCCACGGGCACGGGUAUCAUCUCCUUGUUCGUGAACCUGGAGGUAGUAACGCCUGAGGCCCACAUUCCCGGCCACGGCCAGUACCAUGUCAACCGUGGCUCUCCCAUUACACUCACCUGCAUCAUCGACAAGAGCCCGACACCACCGCAGUACGUGUUGUGGUACCAUAAUGACCAACUACUCAACUAUUUGCAUGACCGCCCUGAGGUCACUAUCAACCUUGAGGAGAGCAGGAAGGGCAGCGCCAGUUCGGUGAGUCGCCUGGAAGUGAACAGUGCCAGCGACAAGCAUUCCGGCAACUACACCUGCGAGGCAGCCAACACCCGCCCCGCCUCCACCAUGGUCUUUGUCACUGAAGGAGACAAGACGGCGGCGGUGCAGCGGAUAGACUCAGGUAGCGUAACUGUGCACGACACGGCGCUGGCGUUGGUGUGCGCUUCUCUCACUUACGUCGUCUCCGUCAGAUGAACCUCUGGAGGCCUCUCGUUCCUCCUCCACCUACUCACAUUGCUCCUCUUCCUCACCGCUCGAUAAGAGUCAUCCCCAACUUCCCUCUCCUCCUGGGCCACCACUAGAAAUUAAGGCGGACCAUUGUGAAGUAGCUUCCCCACAAACUGAACUGUCGGUCAUUUAGUGUGUAGGUCACCUCAUGCCUCUUGGUAUUAUCAGCGGCGUGUGGUAUUGUUUAUAUAUAAUGUAUAGCUAAAGCUUUAAGCAGUACCUCAAUAUGAAACUAGUGGUUCAGCCUCGAAACAAUGUUUGGUGAUAAAGCAAAGUGCGUUGUGAUAAGCGCAAAAGCCGAGACCUGAUCACUGUUUGUUCGUGAAAAAUAAAUCGGCAGUUUUUUUUUAUUAUUUAUGAUAUUCCGAGUAGUUGUACAUAUCCGAAUUCGGGCAUAUCAUUUAAUUUCCACGAAAUUCCUUGAUUUCAAUGUUAAUCACCACUGGGGCCACAGCCAAGUGGUAUUUUGUCUUGAGUUUCAAGAAGAAACAAAGAAACGGGCGGAGUUUGAGUUUUGUGUUUGUGUCUAUAUAGUGACUCUGAAGCACAGUAAGAGUGUGCUUGUGAGUGGGCGUAAGUGCAAGGGACUUUCCCCUCCCCCAAGACAGUUAAGUGCGUUAAUAGCAGUAAACGCAAGACAACUUAUUCACGUGACCUUGUGACAAGGACCCAGUGGCAAGUUCAUAACCAUGGAUGAAAAUACAGCCAUUUUGUGUUUGAUUAAUCAAAUAGCGUUUAAAAUAAGUACCAGGAGUGGAGGAAAGCUUACCUUAAAAGACAAAUCGAAUACAAACUUGGUACAAAGCAGACGGUAUUCAGUUCAACAUUAUCAUGCUUUUUUGGUGUAUGUGUGAACGUGAGUCUAGUAAAGGGAGAUUACCGGGAAAGACGAAAACAUUGUGUUUCCCUGGUCCUUCUCACAGCUUUUGAACUUCCUGCCACCACACGACUGUCAUCGUCACCAUCAUCACCUGUUCUCCAGAAAACAUUGAGUGUGACGUGUAUAAUAUAAUUUCCAGACUUGGAGAAUUCGGUACAUCUUUGAAGAACUUAAGGCAAAAAAUGCAAUCAGUCAAAUACUCGUAAUCUUCACUCAAGGAAGAGAAAUACUGGAAUGUGAAGAAUUUUUAUAUAUUCACAGGAUCAUUUGAAAAAUAAACACUUCCAUCUAGAGUGUAAUUACUUACAACAUGGACGCCACAACAUGCUACACAGGUCGUGAAUGAUGCCAACCAGAACGUCAUAUGCAGCACCGACCAGAGUGCCAAGACCCUGGGUGGAGCGUGGUCUUGCCUACGUAAUUUUUACCCCCUUCUUUCCUGUGGAAGUCUUACAUGUAAUUUAGCUAUUAACCAGACUGGAACUAUAUAUUUUCGUAAAUGCUCAUGUAAAUUUCCUGUUUAGGAUGUAAUUUGUGUUUUAAAGCUUUUCCUCUUGAACUUAGUAUAGAUAUAAACAGAAGAAAUCAAGAGAUUUUUGUAAUAUUGUAAAAAAUAAUUGUUGGAGUGGUUGAACAAUUGCAGGAGACUAUAAGGCAUUUGAUCUGUGUGUGUGUGUGUGUGUGUGUGUGUGUGUGUGUGUGUGUGUGUGUGUGUUUACAACAUUGACGUGUGUCUGUUACCUAUAUAUUGCUUUAUGACAGUAGAACACUAACCAGCGCGGAGGAACACAAACGUGGAGCAAUGCAUAGGAAUACAACUUGUGUUUAAAAUGUCUUCAUAUUCUAAUGUAGCUCAUGAAAAUCAACUAAGAGAUUAUCUAAAAAAAGAAUAACACAACUUCAAAGGGUAAUUAUUUGCUAUUUAUGAAAACAGAUGUAGACUAAGACAUUUAAUCCUCCCUCAAACAACUAUACUGACGUAAUAUAUUCAUUAAUAUCCUUGACAAAUAUUCAAAAAACAUACGUUGGCUUUCUGGAUGUCACUUGUUCACAGACUCUACACACCAGGAUGACAACAACGUUUUUGUCAUACGGACAGUCAAAAAUAGUCACUGUAUUUAAGUAUAUAAUAAGAAUACGACUGUCUAUUUACAUUAGAAUUAAGCCUUGGAAAGGUUAGGAAUAUACCUGGGACUCUCGUAUUCCUCUUUAAACGAAUUUGGUGGAAUAUUAUUCUGGGUAUAUAGUAAACCAAAUGACAUUAUGUUUUGGCUCAUCCUGGGAAAAAAAUCAAGAUCACCCGAUUUAAAUCCCUGUUUUAAUCAUCCUGGGGAACAUUUGGAUAAUGCUGGGAAAAAGCACUUCUGAAUAUCACAAACACAACCCUGGUCUGAUUAUACUGAAAUGAUAGUUAUCGGCUAACUGAGGAUCGGGGCCUGAAAGAAAUCUUCACUUCACACGCAAAACUAAUCUUUGACUGACAUUCAAUAGUCGCAUUAAUAUUAACAGUGCGCGGUACGAGUUUUUUCUGCACAUCAAAAAUGUAAACAAUAAGAAUCCUUCACUGAGAUCCCAGACACAAUUAACCCGACAUGAAGACACUAAAAAUUUGAUAUCGUUAGUCAGAGCCCCGACAGCCACUCUUCUUAAUAAUGAAAUAUUCCUUCGUUUCUAUCAACACACCAGAAGCUUAUAUUAUAACGCUCGGUUAACAUUUUGAUAAAUGAAAGUUGUCAGAAUGUUCCUUACUGCAUUUUUUUUAUUAAUUUAAGAAUGUUUGUCUUCGGGACAUAGACAUAAUAUUCCAUGAAAAAUAUUACUGAUUCAUAACCAAAAGUACUUAAUGGUUUUUGCUCAUGGUAUUAGGUAUUAACUUUUGAUAUGACAAUACAAGGCCGCCAGGGGGACAAAUAUGCUUACAUCCCUGUCUACACCUUAUUCCUCUCAGUUUUAUUUCCACUUGAAUAUCAAUGAUGAAUAUUGAAACACUAAUGUUGUUAAUGUUUAGUAUGACUGCUGAGGAUGGUAGGGGUGUCAGGACGUGUAUGUUGAGGUUGAUUGGUAAACAAACAAAUACCGAAGACAUAUUAAUCAGGUGAAGUUCAGAGUAUAAUAUGUAUAUAAAUCAGCUACCUAAAUUGUAUUUUUUUUUGUCAUUUCUGUUGUAUAUCAUAUAUCUAGAAUAUAAAUACAUAUAAAUAUAUAUAAAUCGUUGUAUUAUGUGUUACUGUGUUGGUUGUUCUCAGUAGACCUAAAGAUUUUGGUAUGUGUUCGACGGUGACAGACGUCAGUUAAAAUCAAAAUCUUCGUACCAUAUUUUUUUUACUAAAUAAUGGAAACUUUGUUACUUGAAAGUUUAUAUUUAUUUUUGUCUACAGAUUACUGUUAAGUAACCACCAGUAUAACUUACAUAAUGAACGUUAGGUAUUUGAGUUUCCCAGUGUAUUUAACAAGUGUCUUACAUUACCCACACACCACACACACACA